GAGCCGCUGGAUCGACUUACAUCGGAAAAUACGCCAUCACCUGACCUUUACCCGGUCAUUCUUGGAUACUGAACCUGUUUCGACAUCAGGAUUUCAUCAUACCUCACCACCAUUCGAGCUGGUUACGAGGCUAUUCAGAGGGUUUCCUUACGACAUAACAAGGACCUCGAUUUACACUGAACAUAAUCUACCACGACGCAACGAAUAUACUCAAACGGCCUUACAUACCAAACAUAUUCCACAAACUACGGCAGCGAUAAUUACUUACUCCCCCGACUCAACCAUCUUCUUUCAUCAUGGCCGAAAACCAGCCCGACGCCAAAACCCCUCCCACAAGCCUCGGAGGGCAGACGGGAGUGGGAACAGGAACACCAAACACCUUGAGCGGAGCAACAAGGGCACAAACAUCACCAACACCCUCAAUAAAAGCGACGCCAUCAUCAUCAUUGCCUGCUAGAUCCUCAUCAUCAUCCUCCUCCUCAUCAGCACCAGUAAGGCAAAACACACCAACGCCAUCUCAGACGCCCUCACAAACACCAACGCCAACACCCUCACCACCGCCGCCGCCGCCGCCGCCGCCACCACCAUCAAGUUCCGCCCGACCCCUCACAACAUUCAUCAUCUCAACCACUACAAACGCAACAUCAACACCAACACCAUCACUCUCCGACCCACCACCACUCCCUUCACCAACAUCUAUCCCAGGCGUGAUACCCAUCUCAACACCAGGCGGCGGCGACCUCACCCCCUCACCAACACCAUCCUUCAUCCCUCCGCCCCCGCCGCCCGUGAUACCAGAAACCACACCCCUCCUAAGCCUCACCCCAACCCCAACACCAACACCCACACCAAGCGGUAACACCAACACCGGCAGCGGCGGUAUCGCUUCGCCCAGCCAAGCCGAGACCUCGGGCGGCAGCAACGUGAAGCUGAUGCCGGCGCUGCCCAUCGCGCUGGGCUCCGUGGGCGGGGUGUUGAUCUUUGGGUUGGUGAUUGGCAUGCUGUACCGCAAGGGCCGGUGGCCGUUCCGCAAGAGGCGGAAUUUUGCGCAGAUUGAUGAGCUGGAGGUGGAGAGGCAGCAGGAGCUUGAGAGGCAGAAUAAGAUGAAGUGGGAUCCGAGGGUGACGAGGACGUAUCGGACGCAGGAUGCGGGGGUGAACUUUUGAUGAUCCCAAGGAAGGGUAGUACUACAAGAUUCAAUGACAGCUGCAAGACGACUUGAACGUCUAGAUUCACAUUGAUAUUUCAGGAACCUCAAAUUUGCUGUGAUGUUUAUGUGAAGUACCUACCCUAGUUACUGGAACCGAGCUUUCACCGCUCAGCAAACAAGUUAUUUGCUACCUCUCAACGUAGUAUCACGAC